CGGGUUGGCGGCGCGGGCCCGUCCCGGCCCCGCCCCAAGGUCGGUCGGAGCCGCGGCGGCGGUACCGUGCGGGGCUGCGGCGGUGCGAGCGCGGGGCUGCGUGCGGAGCUCCCUGUGGAGGCCCGGGCAGCGGGGCUCGGUGCGGAGCUGAGGGAGGAGCGUGUGCGGGGCUCCGCGCGGGGCGUAUGCGCCGCGUCGUGAGGGGCUGCGCCGGCACCGCCUCAUUCUCCUGGGGUUCCAUACGUGGCAAGGAAUUUGUUGUGAGGUCUGGGUGCAAUGGCGAGCCUUCUGCGUGUUGCUGUGAGUGGAUGCUCGGCUCCUGUUUUUGGCAAUGUGUUCCCACCAAAGACGUGUUCUGCAAAAGUGCUGUGCUUGCGAAUGUUUAGAACCCACCAGGUGCUUGGGUCUCAGGCAGCUCCAAAGCCAGGUAAAUUGAUUAAAGUACUGUAAGCAGUCCUUUAUUUCAAACAUGAAUUUAAAUGGUUUCUUUUUCUUUUUUUCUUACUUUCAGAUCUGCAUUAGUACAGAAAAGACUUAAAAUAGAAAGAACACUUAAAGUAUGUCAACAGCAUACUUUAGUCAGUUGCGGCACAAUUUUAGACAGGCUUUAUAGGACUUACGCAGAAGGUGUUUGUGUUUAUUAUGAAUACUUUAGAUCCACAUAGUUUUUGUGGUUAGAGGAUUUGAACUCCUGCUAAACUUCCCUUGCUUGAAGGAAGUAUUUAAAUAAGUGCUUUUUUUAGUUAAAUUCCUGAGUUCCCCAUUUGUUUUGGUAGUGCAGCUCUUUGUGUGCAUGUGAGAGAAAAUACAGACCUCACAAUGACAGCAUAUGCUAGUGUAUGUAGACAUUACUAUCCCAUCUUAAAAAAACCUCUUAACUUUGUUUAGGAAAUACUUACAUUGUAUCACUUUGAAAAACUUUGAUCUGUGUCUUCAUGUGAAGGGUUUGUUAGUGUAUUUGCACAAAUUGCAUUUCAGCAGAUAGUGGACAAGUUCAGGUAUUUUCAGGAAAAAAAAACCCUGGUAAAGGGGGCACCCUUGUUUCCAGUUUCUAGUAUGAGCCUGGUAUAACCUGACAGUUGAAGGAAAGACUGAAGAAUACCUAAUGCAGGUUUAAUGCUAUUUUUGCCCAUUAUUACUGCAUGGCUCAUGUCUCCCUUGGAUUUUAGAGACCCUGCUUCUGUGCAGAGGUAGGAUCAUCAUCUGCAGAAGAUUAUUGUGGAGAGUUGGGACUGGUUGCACACAUGAUAUUUGGUUCUUCCAAAUGUAAACAGCAGGUAACUGCAUUAGGUACUUGAGAGUAUAAGGAAAUUAGUGCUGGGGGAAACAGAAGUAUCUGAUUAUGAAAACAUGGGACACAUAAGUAGCAUACAGUAGCUCAUAGAAGCCUAUGUUGUGUAGAAUUUGUGGCAGUACUAACAAUGAAUGGUGCAUUUUGUGGUCCUUUCAAGUUGGUGACUGAAGAUUUUGGAACUUCUGAAGAAGUGUCAUGAGGGUAAAUCUGUAGCACAAUUGUGUGCUGAAACCAGUAUUUUUUUGAUAGAUUUGAGAUGUUCUCAACUUUUUUUUCCGUGUUAAAUAUCUGAAUGAAAGAGAUAUCUGUCAGUCUUCAUAUGGCAGAUUGUCUCUUGGUUGGGAGGAUAAACUGGAACAUAAGAAACUAGGUUCAAAGUUCUUUCUCAAAUAUCCCAGGUAAGUGUCCUUGUUUGAGUUUGGAAUCAAUUUUGUAUUUGGCUUUGACCACAAAUUUAAUCAUAAAACUAAAGAAUCUCUUCUGUUUUAUUGAAACUGGUAUGCUACUCUGUGUGUGUGUGAAUUUUCUCAUUUUUAAGAAUAACUUUUGAAAAAUUUUCCCACAAGGAUGGAGAAUUCUGAUUAGUGUCAUAUGUUUAAAUGCUCAAUGCUGCCCUGUCAAAUCUGUUGUGUGUAAAUCCUUAUUUAAGGACCAGUAGUAUUCAUUAAAUGCAGUUAUUUAAUAUGGAGAAUUACAAGUUUGGUAGUCUUUUGGUUGAUAAUUAAGCUGUCCUUGUAGUAUGCUUUGGUAACAUGUGAUUUGUCAUUCAGUAGAGGACAAAUCAAGGAGAAAACAGAAAUUUAAUGACAAAUUAGAAGCAGGGCUAUUUCUUAUAUUUAUUUUUUAAGCACUCUUGAAUCAAAAUGUAACAAAUUCAAAGUAACUGUAUUUUAGUCUUUCAGAAAUUAGCUUUGAUUAUUGUAACACUUGGCAAAAUCGCUGCCUUACUAAGAAGAGGAAGUUUUCUGAAAAGGCUAGUGUCACAGUGAUUCUUCUGAAGGCCAUAGUUACUGCUUUCCUUGUCUCAGGUUAGCUUUCAUUCCAGGCUAUGUUAUGAACAAGAACAUAACUGCUGCUUGAGGACAAGAAAUACGGAGAUACGGAGUCAGCUGAAAAGUGAACUUGGAGCAUGGAUAAUUUUCUUACUGCCAGCUAUUAUGCUGCUACUUCCUUAAUGGAAACAUAGGAACUUUCAUACAGGUGUAAACAACUAUUCCUAUAAUCUGUGCCAGGUACUCACUAGGACCAGCUACUUGAGAAACAGGUACAAAACUUUCUGAAGCCCUGGGAAGGUGCAAAUGGAGUAACUGACUGAGCUUCCCAGUAUAGUUCCAGGUUAGUUUGUCCUAUAGCUGUGUGACUUUUACCCCUCUCCAUUUUGGAAUUUUAAAUAUCCUUUUUAUUUUGAGGCUUAUUUCUUAAAAUUUCCUGGGUUUUUUUUCUAAACCUAUAACAGUUCAUUUUUAAUUAGUUCUGUAAUUAAAAAUAAGCUUUAUUUUAUUUAUAAACAAGAAAUAUUAUCCUUUAAUUUCUGUUUUAUUUUUUUAAAUUCCUUAUUUAUGUAAUAGGAGGGAUUGGGUGUUCAUUUAAUCUUCUGUACCAUUUGUUUUCUUUUUGCCAACAUCAUAUUGCUGUUCUUUGGAAUAUGUCCUCAUCUUCAGAACAGGUGAGAUGGUUUGUUUAAAGGUUAUUAGAGAAGCAUAAAAAAUAGGCAUCCUGUUUUCAAUCUCAGAACACAUGGCAUAUAGUCAGAACUUCUCCUUUAUCUUUUCCCUAAGUCAGUUCCUGUUGGUUGAUACUGUUUUGUUGUAGACUACUUCUCAAAGUCAGGUUAAGGACAUCAAAAAACUGUAUUUUCUGCUAUAGUUUUGACUUAGAAUCUUCUCUAAGAUUCUUGUAUAUAGAAGUUACAUGGAGAAAGUCACGGUUAUAGUUUUGUUUACUUGAAGUUUGAAUAUGUCUUCAUUACACAGUUAGGAUUGUGGUAAGGGAAUGAGAGAAUGGCUUCUUACUAGUUUUUAGAGGUUCUACGUUAUGUAUGUGCCAGAGGGUUUCACUGGAAUGUAUAUUCCAUUCUAAGACCUGUGAAAUUUAAUGAGUCUACUUCUGAUAGUGUCAGAAUCUAAGUACUGUGUACCUUCUACUCAAUAUAUUAAAAAAUUUCAUGAGUCAAAAAGAUGCUUCAGGUGUGUUUAUAUCACUCAGUAUUUGGAAGAUGUCCAUGAUGUUGUAAAGUAGUAAGUCACUAAAACAUACUCAAGGCAGUACUUAAAGAGAUUAUCUGACAUGAAGGAUUAGAGAGACAACUUGUAGGCUUCACACUCUCACAUAACUUUAAACCCCUGGCAGGGAUAGCAUGAGCUUCCUCAAAAUAAAACCUAAAUCAAGGUCCUAAGUUUAUAAUCUGAGAUUUCAACCUUUCAAAACUAUUGACUUUGAUGAAAUUGCUGAAUCCAGCAAACCAAAUCUGGGUUAAUUACAAAACUUCCACCAGGUAGAGUAUUGAUCAUACCCUGUUGUGCAUGUCAGCGCAGACAGGUAGGUGGGACAGCCACAAAGUCGUGUCUAGAAUCCAUUACUUCAAUAAUGAGGUGUUGCUGAAGCAGCAGCUGGGCAGAGGAAAAUAAGCGGGCAGAGGAAAACAAGUGGAGACACAGGCACCAGUAAAUCAUGACAGACCUGCUGUUCACAUAGGCUUAUCAAGAGUUAUUUCCAGCUGAAAGGGAGCUUUGCAAUCCUCUCUGCCAGUGUCCUGCUUUUUAACCUUUUCUUCCUUUUCUUCCCCCCACCAAGACCUGUACUGCAGUUUUAAGAUAGAUCUUUGUUUUUCAGCUGUAAAUAUCUGCUCCAUUUUGGUGCUGAAUCAUGUGGAAGCUCAGGGCAGUCUACUUAAAAAAUGUCCUCUAGCUAAAAGCUGGCAAACUGACGGCUUGCUUAUGUAUUCAUUUGCUUUUGUGUUUAUGGAUUGCUGGAGUUCUGGUAGUGGGACAGAGAAGAAAAGUAGGUGAGACAAAUGAGACUUGUUGAAUAUUUAUCUUGGAUUUGAUCUCCCAAAGCUCUGGAGAAGAUCAUGUUCCUCAGUGCUGGUCUGUGAUCAUUCUGUUUACUCAAUACGGUGCAAAUACUUGCUAUUUGAAAAAGUUGUAUUAAUUUUUAUUGCAUGCAAGAUGUACAAUAAAGAACUGGUGAGGAAUGAGGAAACAUACCUGGCAUCUAGUGAAUGUGUAUUUCUGUCUUUUUACUCCUAGCCAUUUACGCUUCUAUUCUGAUACUCCACACAGAAGCAAAUUAGCAAAAGGAAAUUAGAAGCAUCUUUUCCCAUUUGAGCUUUAGGAGCAAAAAGAUUUGCUUGAGAAAAUGAAAAGCUUUAGUCAAAUGUAUUUGUGCCUUUAAAUUUGCAGUUAUCUAUUUCCUUUAUUAUAUAUAUAUAUAUAUAAUGCUAUAAUUUAUUCCUUCCCCUGUUUUCUCCUUCUUUCCCCUCCCUAUUUUCCUCCCCGUUUUCCUCCUGUUUUUCCUUUCCCCUAUUUUCUGCAAUAUUUCCCCCUCCUUUCUUCCCCGUUGGCAUUUUUGUCCUAGAAAAACUUCCAAAAGGAGAAAGGCAAGGUAGGACUUCGGUUCUUAACUUUUCUUAGUGCUUUUUGAAAAGUGUUUUACAUCCUAUCCUACCCUAGAGCUACUUCCUCUCUGAAAUUCUGAUUCGUCUCUGUUGUCCUAACAAAUUUCAAUCUUCUAGGUUUCAUUCCUGCUUCUAAAAGACAAGAGCUCAUUUCCACCGAGUUGAUUUAGUGAAAAUCAGAAGCAGGACUUUAUUGUGUAGUGAUUUGAAGAGAUGAGGAGAAAAGUCUCUUCAAAUGAGAAGGGAAUUCCUUAUAAACAACUGACUGUGGGUGUCCCCAAGGAGAUAUUUGAAAAUGAGAAGAGAGUGGCUCUGUCACCAGCUGGAGUUCAAGCCUUGGUUAAGCAAGGCUUCAGUGUUGUGGUGGAAUCUGGUGCUGGAGAAGCUUCUAAAUUUUCUGAUGACCAUUACAGAGAAGUUGGAGCAAAGAUCCAGGGGACCAAGGAAGUCCUGGCUUCUGAUUUGAUUGUGAAAGUGAGAGCUCCUAUAUAUAACUCAUCUCUAGGUGUACAUGAGGUAGAUCUUUUCAAGACAGCAGCAACCCUGAUUAGUUUUAUCUACCCAGCACAAAAUCCAGACCUCCUGAAAAAACUUGCAGAAAAAGAAGCUACUGUCUUGGCUAUGGAUCAGGUUCCACGGGUCACCAUUGCUCAGGGAUAUGAUGCACUUAGCUCCAUGGCCAAUAUUGCUGGUUACAAGGCUGUGGUCCUGGCAGCAAAUCACUUUGGUCGAUUUUUCACGGGUCAAAUCACAGCUGCUGGUAAAGUUCCUCCAGCAAAGGUGCUGAUCAUUGGAGGAGGGGUUGCUGGCCUGGCUUCUGCAGGAGCAGCAAAAUCAAUGGGUGCAGUGGUUCGUGGAUUUGAUACUAGAGCUGCAGCCCUGGAACAGUUCAAGUCUCUUGGUGCUGAGCCUUUGGAAGUAGACUUAAAGGAAUCUGGAGAGGGACAAGGUGGUUAUGCUAAAGAAAUGUCCAAAGAAUUUAUUGAAGCUGAAAUGAAACUCUUUGCCAAACAGUGCCAAGAUGUUGACAUUAUCAUCACUACAGCACUUAUUCCAGGAAAAAAAGCUCCAAUCUUGUUUAAGAAAGAUAUGAUUGAAUCAAUGAAGGAAGGUUCAGUUGUUGUGGAUUUAGCUGCAGAAGCAGGAGGAAAUAUUGAGACUACAAAGCCUGGGGAAAUGUAUGUUCAUAAGGGUGUUACACACAUUGGGUACACCGAUCUGCCUAGCAGAAUGGCUACUCAGGCCAGUACCCUGUAUUCUAAUAAUAUUAUCAAACUUCUAAAAGCUAUUAGUCCCGACAAAGAAAACUUCUACUUUGAUCCAAAAGAUGACUUUGACUAUGGGACUCUGGAUCAUGUUGUUAGAGGAACUGUAGUAAUGAAGGAUGGCAAAGUGAUUUUCCCAGCACCUCCACCAAAUAACAUUCCUCAGGGAGCGCCAGUGAAGCAGAAGACUGUAGCAGAGCUGGAAGCAGAAAAAGCAGCUACUAUUACACCUUUUAGAAAAACCAUGACUACUGCAUCUAUAUACACAGCAGGUUUAGCUGGUAUGUUGGGGCUGGGCAUUGUAGCACCUAAUGCUGCUUUCACACAAAUGGUGACGACAUUUGGCCUCUCUGGAAUAGUGGGGUACCACACAGUGUGGGGUGUGACUCCUGCUCUGCACUCCCCACUCAUGUCUGUGACUAAUGCUAUCUCAGGUCUGACUGCAGUUGGUGGGCUGAUACUGAUGGGAGGUCACUAUCUCCCCCAAAACAUUUCCCAAAGCCUAGCAAUGCUUUCAGCCUUUAUAUCUUCAGUCAAUAUUGCAGGUGGCUUUUUAGUUACACAGAGAAUGCUGGAUAUGUUCAAACGUCCCACAGACCCUCCUGAGUACAACUACUUGUACCUGCUCCCUGGUGGUGUAUUUGUAGGAGGCUAUGCAGCUGCUCUCAGUGGUGGCUAUAACAUUGAACAAGUGAUGUAUCUAGGCUCAGGACUGUGCUGUGUUGGUGCCCUGGCUGGUUUGUCUACCCAAGGAACUGCUCGUCUUGGAAAUGCUUUGGGUAUGAUUGGUGUUGCAGGAGGUUUGGCCGCAACUCUUGGAAGCCUUAAUCCCUCACCUGAAUUGUUGGCACAGAUGUCAGGUGCAAUGGCUCUUGGUGGGACCAUAGGUCUGACAAUUGCUAAACGCAUCCAGAUUACAGAUCUGCCUCAGCUAGUGGCUGCUUUCCACAGUUUGGUCGGUUUGGCUGCUGUGCUCACCUGUGUAGCAGAGUACAUGAUUGAAUAUCCUCACUUUGCCACUGAUCCUGCUGCAGACCUCACCAAGAUUGUGGCAUAUCUUGGCACAUAUAUUGGUGGAGUGACAUUCAGUGGUUCUCUUGUUGCAUAUGGAAAACUGCAAGGUAUCCUGAAUUCUGCCCCUCUGCUCUUGCCUGGUCGACAUGCAUUGAAUGCAGGAUUGCUGGUUGCCAGCAUUGGUGGGAUGGUUCCCUACAUGAUUGAUCCUUCUUACACCACGGGAAUUACUUGCCUGGGUUCUGUGUCAGCACUCUCAGCCAUAAUGGGUGUCACUUUAACAGCAGCUAUUGGAGGUGCUGACAUGCCUGUAGUUAUUACUGUCCUGAACAGUUACUCUGGAUGGGCUUUGUGUGCUGAGGGCUUUCUCCUGAACAACAACUUGCUAACCAUUGUUGGUGCACUCAUUGGCUCCUCUGGGGCCAUCCUCUCUUACAUCAUGUGUGUGGCUAUGAACCGUUCCCUUGCAAAUGUGAUUCUUGGGGGCUAUGGCACUGCAUCAACAGCUGGUGGAAAACCCAUGGAAAUUACUGGAACUCACACAGAAAUCAAUGUGGACAAUGCAGUUGAAAUGAUAAAAGAAGCCAAUACUAUUAUUAUUACUCCAGGUUAUGGGUUGUGUGCAGCAAAAGCUCAGUACCCAAUAGCUGAUCUGGUGAAGAUGUUGAGAGAACAAGGGAAAAACGUCAGGUUUGGUAUUCACCCUGUGGCUGGCCGUAUGCCUGGUCAGCUGAACGUACUGCUAGCAGAAGCGGGCGUUCCCUAUGAUAUUGUACUGGAAAUGGAUGAAAUCAAUGAAGACUUCCCAGAAACUGACUUGGUCCUUGUAAUUGGUGCAAAUGAUACAGUUAAUUCAGCAGCUCAGGAAGAUCCAAACUCUAUCAUAGCUGGAAUGCCAGUUCUUGAGGUCUGGAAGUCCAAGCAGGUCAUUGUAAUGAAGAGAUCUCUGGGAGCUGGUUAUGCAGCGGUGGACAAUCCCAUCUUCUACAAGCCCAAUACUGCCAUGUUGUUGGGAGAUGCUAAAAAGACCUGUGAUGCCCUGCAGGCCAAAGUCAGGGAAUCAUACCAAAGCUAAAUACUGAUUUGUAUUCUGCUCGUAUUUCCGACUGCAGUUUUGUCACAGAGGUCACAGAAAAUGAGAGGUGGAAGAAUCUCUCAAUGUCCUAAGGCAGCUGGCUUUUGGAGAAGACUGCAUUGACUCCUAGGAGAUGUAGUUCAGUCAGGGGAUAUAGACUUUUAUAAAAAAGAUGGGCAGAUUAGCCCUUCAAACUAAAUCUCCAAUGAGACAAUGCAUAAAAGAAUGAAAAUGUUCUUUUUAAGGUCAACAUUGUGCUGGUACAAGAAAGAACUAAUAACUCAUGGCCAUCCUUAAAUAGUUACUGACUUCCUCCUCCUUACUGUCUGUACUUCUGUCAUGGAAAUUUACUAAAAAAUGCGGUGCCAAAACUGUAUUCAGUCUUAUCAUCAAAGCUGUUUUUUGGCUAGUAUGGACAAUGCAACUGUUGAUUUCAUCAAAACUUAAAAAUAAAUUUCGAACAGAUGCAAGCAGAAGCAAAUCCUUGCAUGCCCCUUCGAGCUCAGGACACUCUCUGAAAUAGAUGCUUACAUGAUUUGAGAGCUAAGCAUAAUGUUCUUUUUCUUUUGGGGAUUGUAUGGAUGCUGUGUAUCAGGAAUAUUUUAGGAAAGUUACUUUUCUUUAAAAUACGGUUCCACUUUUUAUGGUGCACACUUAUGUUAAAUGAAACACAGGAUAUCAGGCACUUGCCAAGUAACCUUCAAGUCUGGGAAGGAAAUGUACAUUUACUUGCACUGCUUACCUCUUUUAAGCAGCUGCUAAAUUCUCCAUAAUUUCUAGUCAUUUCCUUUUUAAGUGUCUGAGAAAAAAGGUGGUCCAGUUCUGCACAGGCAGAAUGUCUUGCAUACCUGAUCUGUUCACAGAAUUUGGAACAGUGUUUCAGUUUGUUCACUUAGCUUUUAAUUGUACUUACCACUUUGGUAGUAGUGAUGUUUAGUGAUGCUUUCUUAAUUAAUAUUCUUGUGAUGCUGAGAAAGCCACAUUUGAACUCUCCCUCUCUAUUCUGCUCACGUGAGAUUCCACUGAAUUGCUGUCUUCAGCUCUAGGGCCCCCAACACAAGAAAGAUGCUGACCUGUUGGAACAAGUCCAGAGAAGGCCACUAAGCUGAUCACAGGCCCUGAGCACCUCUGCUGUGAACACAGGCUGAAAGAGCUGGGACUGCUCAGUGGGAAGCACAGAAGGCAUUGGUGACACCUUGUAGCACCUUCCAGUAGCUAAAAGGGGCCCACAAGAGGGCAGGAGAAGGACUUUGCACAUGGGUAUGUAGUGACAGGACAAAGGGGAAUGGCUUCAAACUGCAAAGGACAGGUUUAAACUAGAUGUUAAGAAAUUCUUUGCUGUGAGGGUGGUAAGGCACUGGAUCAGGUUCCCAUAGAAGAUGUGGAUGCCUCAUCCCUGCAAUUGCUCAUGACUAAGGCUGUACAGGGCUCUGAGCAACCUUGUCUAGUGGAAGGUUCCCUGUCCAUGGGGUUCCAAUUGCAUCUGGAUGGUCUUUAAAGUCACUUACAAACCAAGCUAUUCUAUGCUUCUAUAUUUAAGAUGCUGAAGUUCAUUAGAAUUUUUCUAAAUAAAUAAGCUAUUGUUUGGACAGCACAGAAACUACUAAACUUAAAAGCCAGUGUUUUGAUUGUUUGACUUUUCACUAAUCUAAUUAAAAGCACUGUUUUAAUUUCCAUAAUAAGUCCAGCAAAUUUAAAUUAUGACAUAGAUUGCUGUUUCUUUCUUAUUCUAGUAAGUAUCCUUGACUGAAAUUCAAAUAUUUGCCUAAUAACGUGGAUUUGUGAUAUUUCCAUUUCUUGGUCGAGAGAACAAACAUUUUUUGUUACAUCAUGUAUAGAGACCUCAUAUAAAAUACAACAUUUCUUCUUCGCUACCUCUAUUUUUACGUGAAGAUACUUAAAACACAGGUUUUGAAUAGGUAAUACAUUAAAAAUGUAAUAACAUACAGCAGAUCUAUCAUGUUUGCACAUAUCUUUUCUAUGAUUUGACAUAAAAUUUUUCAUGCAAGUACUAAUAUGUUGUAUACUGCAGGAGAAGGCUUGUAAUUGGAUUUUAAUUUAAAACACUGUGACAGCUUUAUUUGAACGUAGCAUGUAUGGCCUCUCAAUUUCAUUGUAUUCAACUUUUCCUUCAGUUCUAUAAAAAAUAGGAGGGAAAUUGGAGAAGAGGGAAGGCAAAUAAUUAAUUCUCCAUCUCCCUCCCAGCUAAGCAAAAGAAAAAAGGGGAUUUGUAGGGAUCUAACAUGCUAAGGCUCAGUUAUUUGUAGUAAAUAAAUGGAACAUUGAAAUUCAAAGAAACGCACAAAAUCAAGAGUGUUUUUCACUACCAGCUAAAGAAUUAAUUUUUGUCUUGUCCAACAAGUAGUUUUUCAGUUGUAUUCAGCUGCAGUAUGCAUCAUGUCUCUGCUCAUAGAUGGCUAAUAAAAGAUCUAGCUUUUCUUUAAAAACUAGCAAAUGAGGGAGGGGGAACACUUUUUCAUUUGUACUUGGAGAAAAACCCCAUUCUGUUACUUUGGAUCAAGAGUACCACGGUUCUCUUUAAAAUUUGCUUUACUGAAGAACACUAGAUAAUUGUUAUUUUUCUCUGUUGAUUACUCUGUUUUUCUCCUGUUGUUUUUCCUGAGUAGUUAACUAGUCCACGGUUACUUUUGAAAGUUAAAAGAAUCAAGCUGCCACCAAAGGAUGUUGAGAUUGAAAGCUGUAGUGAAUAGAAAUCAUAAUAAAAUACUAUUUUUCUUUUUCUUUUCUAA